GGAGGCGGUGCACAGGCUGUUCAGAUACUGCCCCCGCCACUCCUUUAGACUCUGGACGUGCGGGGACUGGCGGCGCUCGGCCUCGCGUUAUAAAAAGCGGCGGGGCAGGGCCGGCGAGACAAUCUGGGAGGCGGGUACCGGGCCUCACGGAUCCGCACCGCGCCCCCCACCUGUGGCUGCGCGCGGGGUGGGCUGCGCUCCCCUGGGCGGCGCCGGGCGCCCGGGGCUGGUGGCGAGAUGGGCCGCUACUCGGGCAAGACGUGCCGGCUGCUCUUCAUGCUGGUGCUCACCGUCGCCUUCUUCGUGGCGGAGCUGGUCUCCGGCUACCUGGGCAACUCCAUCGCGCUGCUCUCCGACUCCUUCAACAUGCUCUCCGACCUGAUCUCGCUGUGCGUGGGCCUGAGCGCCGGCUACAUCGCCCGGCGCCCCACCCGGGGCUUCAGCGCCACCUACGGCUACGCCCGCGCCGAGGUGGUGGGCGCGCUGAGCAACGCGGUCUUCCUCACCGCGCUCUGCUUCACCAUCUUCGUGGAGGCCGUGCUGCGCCUGGCCCGGCCAGAGCGCAUCGAUGACCCCGAGCUGGUGCUCAUCGUCGGCGUCCUGGGGCUGUUGGUCAACGUGGUGGGGCUGCUCAUCUUCCAGGACUGCGCCGCCUGGUUCGCAUGCUGCCUCCGGGGACGCAGUCGCCGCCUGCAGCAGCGGCAGCAGCUGGAGGAGGGCUGUGCCCCCGGCGCUUUCGGGGGGCCUCAGGGCGCGGAGGACCCGCGGCGCGCGGCGGACCCGACAGCCCCAGGCUCGGACUCGGCCGUAACCCUCCGGGGGACCUCGGUGGAAAGGAAACAGGAGAAGGGGGCGACUGUGUUCGCAAACGUAGCAGAACUUAUACACAACACAAGGUUUCUUCUUUGAAUGCAGGUGAUUCCUUCAACACCCAGAAUGAGCCAGAAGAGAUGAUGACAAAAGAGAAAAAGUCUGAAGCUCUGAAUAUCAGAGGUGUACUUUUGCAUGUGAUGGGAGAUGCCCUGGGGUCCGUGGUUGUGGUCAUCACGGCCAUCAUAUUCUAUGUGCUUCCCCUGAAGAGUGAGGACCCGUGUAACUGGCAGUGUUACAUUGACCCCAGCCUGACUGUCCUCAUGGUCAUCAUCAUUUUGUCAUCUGCCUUCCCGCUUAUCAAGGAGACCGCUGCCAUUCUGCUACAGAUGGUCCCAAAAGGAGUCAACAUGGAAGAGCUGAUGAGUAAACUCUCUGCUGUGCCUGGAAUUAGCAGUGUACAUGAAGUGCACAUCUGGGAACUUGUAAGUGGAAAGAUUAUUGCCACCCUGCACAUCAAGUAUCCUAAGGACAGGGGAUAUCAAGAUGCCAGCACAAAAAUUCGAGAAAUCUUCCACCGUGCGGGAAUCCACAAUGUGACCAUCCAGUUUGAAAAUGUGGACUUGAAGGAACCCCUGGAGCAGAAGGACUUACUGUUGCUCUGCAACUCACCCUGCAUCUCCAAGGGCUGUGCUAAGCAGCUGUGUUGUCCCCCCGGGGCACUGCCUCUGGCCCACGUCAAUGGCUGUGCUGAGCACAAUGGUGGGCCCUCUCUAGACACAUACGGAAGUGAUGGCCUCAGUAGAAGAGACGCAAGAGAAGUGGCUAUUGAAGUGUCUUUGGAUGGCUGUCUGAGUGACCACGGACAAAGUCUUAACAAAACUCAGGAGGACCAAUGUUAUGUCAACAGCACUCAUUUUUAAUCUGGUACUCACAUAAUCAGACCACAUAGACGAGGCACUUUGGAACCACAAGCUUGGCUCACAAAAAGAGCUUUCUGGGUUGUAGGCCCAGACCAGACUUGCAGCGUGCAUGCUCUGUGUUCACUAGGGGUUGGCUGUUUGGGAUUUUAGUUAAACGUGUCUGUGAAUUUUUAUGUAACUAACUCCUUUCCAUUCCCCUGGGUGUCUCAUGCUGCUCUUUGACUGUUUCAGCUUGAACAUGCAUUUUCUAAAGCAAACUGCACUAGUGUACAUAUCAGGGACAUUAAAGUCUGGGACUGGGGCUCAAUAGCUGCGGAUACAGUGUUCAAAGAAGUUCUUGUUUCUAAACUGAUUAGAACUUCUAGCUAAUGCUCAGGUGAGAUCAUAGCUUAAAUACAUUGAAAAAACUAAAGUACCACAAUAGCUGUAUUUUUCCCAGUCCCCUUAACGAUCACAAAAGAGGCAACUUAAGUAUUUCUGGCACUGAAGAAAUAUCUUUUUUCUUUGAUUCAUUUUUGAAUAAAUAUAAAACGAAUAACUAUUAAGGUAGAAAAUAUUCUCAGAAUAUUCUAGAGGAGGUAAAGGUUAGUAGGAGGACGUUGGCCAUCUCUACAUUUUGUGAGGUGAGAGAAAACUAAUGUUUACUUUGUGCUGUGAACUGAACUGCAGCUAUAGAAUGUUUCAAAUGCUUAAAUAUAUAAUACAUUUUUUUCCAUGGAAGUGAGGGAAUAUUUCAGCUUCCUUAAGUAUAACACAAAUACUCAUAUACUGUCUUUUAGAGUCAGUAUAGUUGGAGCUGGUUUCAUUUAGUGCUUUGAUAAUGAUUUACUUAUUUUUCCAAAUUUCCUUUGACUUUUCUUUCAUACGAUUGCAUUGAUCUAUGCAGCAUUUACCAGAAAAGAGUAUUCCUGGGAUAGCAGAAUGCAUAACACUGAGUGUUAAUUCUUGCAAAAUAAAUAAGCUAGACUGCCUUCUUUAAUUAGACAUAUUUUAAAGUAUUUAUUAUAGUUGUCAACUAGUAACUCAAUGAAAAAGUUGAUGCCCAAGGGAGAAAUGAGAAUUAGCUUAACUGCUGCCUUUAAUGUGUUUUUGAGGAACUUAAAAUUUUCUUUCAUGUCUCUGAUCCAUAUUACCAAGUUCAAAUAAAAUUUUUAUAAUCAGA